AUGCCGCUAACACGUUCGCCGUCUAAUGAAUGCAGUGGAUCUGCCCCGGACCUUUCUACUGUAAGCUCCGAGAGAAAUAUUACAUUGAGGCAGGAACAAAAAAGGAAGCGGGGUGACAUGAUAGAAGAAGAUAUGAAGGCAUUUAUGGCAGAUAUGAGAAAAAUGCAAGCCUCAGCCGCAGAAGAACUAAACUCAAAAUUCACCAAACUGCAGUCCACAGUAGACGAAAUCAAACAGCAAAACAACGACAUUGCGAAGUCGAUGGAAUUUAUAUCACAAAAGUACGACGAACUGAGUAUCAGAUUAGAAAGCUGUGAAAAAGAAAGAGUAAAACAACUGACAUACAUAAAAACAUUGGAGACCAGGAUUGAGCAAAUUGAGCGGAAUGCCCGCAAUUCAAGCAUAGAAAUCAGAAACGUCCCUAAAUCCGUCUCGGAAAAUAAAGAGGAUUUGCUCAACAUUGUGAAGAGUAUCGGCUCAUCAGUUAAUAUGGAGUUAAAAAACCUCGACAUCAAAGACACUUUUCGCUACAAAUCAAAGACUUCUACAACAAUGCCUAUUGUCGUCGAGUUUGCCACUGUUCCUACAAAAGUGUCGUUGCUGAACGCAGUAAAGAAAUUCAGACAGGACACGAAAACAAACUUAACAACUGCUCACGCACACAUCGAUGGACCAAAGAAACCUAUAUACAUAUCAGACCAUCUCACAAUGCAGUCCAAAAAAGUCUUUGCAUCGGCGAGAAAAUUCGCUACUGAGAACAGCUACAAGUUCUGCUGGACGAACCAUGGUUACAUCUAUCUGCGUAAGGAGGAGGGCAGCAAAGCUGUGCUUAUUACCAGUGAAGAGGACUUAAACAAGCUGCAUAGCAACACAAUGUGA